UAAAGGUGAGGAGCGGGAAAUUUACAGAAUUUAUCAUUUAGAUACACUCAGACUAACACACACACAUCUACCUGUGUUUCUGGGAUAAUCUGAGAGAUAAAGUUCAUACCUAGGUUACCUGAGGAGCUGCUUCACGGGGUAAACUGCAGUUUAAAGGGGAGGAGCUACAAUCACAAUGCUCUGAGAGAGGCUCCCGGUCUCGCGCUGUACCCUCCUCAGAAACUGGAUCUCCACGAGCUUUCAGCUAGUAAUUCUGUAGAUCUGAACAGUUCCAGUCUUCGCUGUGGAUCAGCGGAGUCCGUUCUGAGAAAGAAAUGAUCAUCAGUUAGAUGAAAUGACUGCCAUCCUGUUCCAGAUCUUCUUCUCCUAGUGUCGUCUUUGCAACCUGUUUCUAAUUUAGCUUAAAUGCACUCAACAGGAACAGUUCACAUAGAGGUUAAACUACUAGAAGAGGAGAGGAACAUGGAAUCCGCAAAAAUCUCCAAUACUCAGCCAAUACCCUCUCCUACCCCUCCCGAACAAAUGCAGAAAAGUACAUGCCCAAAGAAAUUCUACCACUGCUUCGACUGUGGAAAGAGUUUUACUCAUCGGGGUACAUUCCAACGACACCUGCGCAUUCACACUGGAGAGAAACCGUAUCACUGCUCAGACUGCGGGAAGAGUUUUAAUCAUCAGGGUACACUCCAACUACACCAGCGCAUUCACACUGGAGAGAAACCGUAUCACUGCUCAGACUGUGGGACGAGUUUUAAGCUAAAUAUUCAUCUCCAACGACAUCAGCGCAUUCACACUGGAGAGAAACCGUAUCACUGCUCAGACUGCGGGAAGAGUUUUAACCGUCAGAGUAAUCUCCAACUACACCAGCGCACUCACACUGGAGAGAAACCGUAUCACUGCUUAGACUGUGGGAAGAGUUUUAGUCAUCAGAGUACUCUCCUCAAACACCAGCGCAUUCACACUGGAGAGAAACCGUAUUACUGCUCAGACUGUGGGAAGAGUUUUAGUCAACAGAAUACUCUCAAAACACACCAGCGCCUUCACACUGGAGAGAAACCGUAUCACUGCUCAGACUGUGGGAAGAGUUUUACUCAAAAGUAUACUCUUCAACUACACCGGCGCACUCACACUGGAGAGAAACCGUAUCACUGCUCACACUGUGGGAAGAGUUUUAGUCAUCAGAGUACUCUCCGACUACACCAGCGCAUUCACACUGGAGAGAAACCGUAUCACUGCUCAGACUGUGGAAAGAGUUUUAGUUACCAGAAUUCCUUCAAACUACACCAGCGCAUUCACACUAGACAGAAACCGUAUCACUGCUCAGACUGUGGGAAUAGUUUUAGGUGUCAGAAUGAGUUUAAACAUCACCAGAAAAUUCACUCUGGAAAUAAAUCAUAUUAUUGCUUUGAUUGUGAGAAGAGGUUCAGGUAUUCACGUACGUUCAAGAAACACAAAUGCUCUGAGAUCAGUUCUAGAACUGGUGUGUAAAACAACAAUUUUCAUUAGUAAUAGGCAACUCCAAAAAAGAGGUAGCUAACUGGAUUUAAAAUAGAAAGUUCUGUAAGUGUUGUGUUUCUGAAAUAGAGUUGGGUGGUAUGGCGGUAUUUUUGUAUACCACGAUAUUUAAUUAUGGUGAAGGUAUUGUAAAAUGGUGACGGAAUAUUAACCAUGUGACGUAACGUGCCAAAUCUGUACUUUGAAAAACGGGACAUUUAGGACAUUCUGCGCCUCUACAAUGAAAGAGCAGUGGGGGGGUAAACAGUUGUAGCUCAUUGAUUGGUUAUGGGGUGGGGAUUCUCACUGAGGAGAUGAUACAGCAAAAACUCAAUAAACUCUACAGGUUUCACUAAUUUUCACAGAAAUUAUCAGAUUUAUCAGUUUAUCCUGCAGCGUGGGGUGUUCUGGUGUAUGCGUUACUCUCAGGACUUAUAGCUGAGUGGAGUUUAUUCCUCAUCUCCUGUUUUUCUACAAAAAAACAUGCUUUUAUGUCCCUCACGCUCAUAUUCUAAUCCCAUACAGAAUUCUGCAGUUUCCUCAGGGUUUUCUGUCGUUAUUUCGCGGCUAGCUCGAGCGCUGUAAUUAUAAGUAAUUUCUCGGACCACGAGGCACUCUGCAUGUUGUAGCGCAUUGUCGAAAUCUGACCCCUGCAGAACCCGACUCCCUUUCAGAAUCAGCACAACACCACCCCCUGUUAAACUGCUGUAGUGGAAACAGCGCUUAUAAAUAAAUUAACAAACACAAAAAUUAGGUUAUUCAAUUUGUAAUUUCAGUUCAUUUUAGUUUUUCAUUUUAAUAACUUUUUUUAUUAGUUUCAGUUAAGGAGAACUUUCACUUUCAGUUUUUGUUAUUUCGUUCGUUUUUGUUAACAAUAAUACUUGGUUAAAUAGCUAUAUGGUGAUUAUCAUGCCAUAGCUUUAUAUAAAUAAAAAUAGUAUUUAAAAAAACAGAUGACUACAUCACAAACUAUUUCCUGGAGCCCGAGAAAGUGAUGGGAAAUCUUGGGUCGGGUCCGGGCAGAGGAAUAAAAGUCAAAGUAUCCUGGUAUUAAAAAGAAUGGAAAAUUAAUAACAAUAGUAAUAUAGUUCUGCAUACUAGAGUUUAGAUUGUCUGCCCGAACCCGAGCCUGAACGGAAGCCUGACUGAUGCAAUGGCUGAAUUUGGGCCGGCAAAAAUUCUCAGCGCUUUCCUGCCGCGCUGUCUGGUUCAGCUGAAGAAAACGGUCUGUGACGUGACGUAGAACUGUGUUCAGUGUAACAAAUCACACUGUGAUUUUUGUGCUGAUCUAAAAGUUACAGCUCAUCCACGCGUUUAAAGCUCUGCAGGUGGAUUAAUGGGUGCACGGCUUCUUCUACUGCCUAUAUAGGGCUGCAUGACUAAAGUUGUACUAAUCUCAAAGCAGUAGCUUAACAGCUUUACCAGUGCUAUGAAUCACAACACCUAUAGAACAGAGGAAGCAGAGGCAACGUGAGGGUUCUAGUGAAAUAAUUCAAAUGUAAAAAUACCCACCACAUAAAAAUCACAUUACCAUAAAACUAAAUGCUUCAUUACUAAAUGCAGUCAGUGCUACUGUGGGAACACUUUGACUAGCAUCACUUUAUCACUUUUGUUUACUUUGAUUUUAGUGUAACAUUAUUUUACAUAUCUAGCAAAGCAGCUUUGUGUGCCCAGCUUUGAACUUAUGAAAUUUGAACAAGAAUUACUCUAAAUCACUGAUGUGUACUGGUAUAAUUAUUGCUAUAUGUGCUGAGUGGUGUGUGCAUUUACUGUGUUCUGUAUCUGUUGUAUUGGCUUAUUGGUUUUAUGGUAUUUAAAUUAUGUAUGACCUAAUGGUAAUGAAUUUGGUAUCACUUUAUAAUACUGUUUCAGAGUUAAUAUGUAAAUAAACAGGAACCAAGCAAUAGUGCUGCAUUAACUCAUAAAUAUUUUCUAUUAACUACAAGGAAUCACUGAGUAAUUACUAUGAACUGAACUGAGAACUACUGACUAAUUGUGUCUCCUUUAUAGUAACUAUUAAUUAAUUACUGCCUAAAUCAACAUUAACUGCUCAGCUGAAAACCCUUAUAUGCCGCCUGGGAACAAUGUACUUCCCAGGUAUGUACAAUAAAUCAAAUUAUUCGAUGGUGAUAUUGAAGGCAUAUUUGAUCGAAGCAAGUGACACCAACUGUAGUAGUAGUGGUAACCUUAAUUAACUUAUUAUCCUCAGUUUAUUCGAAAAUAGUAGAAACACAUAGUAAAAUUCUACAGUGUGCAGUAGUCUGUUUAACUCCUAUUUUUGGAAGAAAAAACAUCAUGCAGCAUUAAUACAUAGGAGACGUUGAGACAUAAAACUGGAAGAAUGACUGAGAGUGUGAUGAUAUUUUUUUAUGAUCACUGCUUUAAUAUAAAUAGUGUGCACUAUUAGGGUAAUUACGGUAAUUUCACAUCAGAUGCAGCUCUCCUCGGUGUAUAUUCUCUACUGUUGCUUCUGCAUGAGACUGCCUCUUUCUUCUUUCUGUAUUUGACUGAAAAUAAACUAUUAAUCACAAUA